AUGUUCUGUUAGUUUGAGCAGGCUGUCUUUGCGGUGCGUUUCCUGCGCGCUUUUCUGGACAAGUAACUAGCCGUCCGCCCUGGAGUAUAGAGUUGCGCUGGCUAGAGAGUGAGUACAUUGGAGGAACAUCUACGUCUACCACCAAAAAGGGAAAAAUCGGAGCUGUGAGAAUGGCGGUCGAAGAGGAAGGGCUCCGAAUUUUUCAGAGCGUCAAAAUAAAAAUAGGUGAAGCAAAAAACAUUCCUCCAUUUCCUGGACCCAGCAAAAUGAGGGACUGCUUCUGCACGGUCAACCUCGACCAGGAAGAGGUGUUCCGGACUAAGAUGAUCGAGAAGUCCUUGAGCCCCUUCUACGGAGAAGACUUUUACUGUGAAAUCCCCCGGAGUUUCCGUCAUCUCUCCUUCUACCUCUUCGACAGGGACGUCUUCAGGAGGGACUCCAGCAUUGGUAAGGUGGCGGUGAAGAAGGAGGAUCUGCAGAAGUACCACGGCAAAGACACCUGGUUCCAGCUGCAGCACGUCAGCGCUGACUCAGAGGUGCAGGGGAAGGUGCACCUGGAAAUGCGUCUGAGUGAGGUCAUCACAGACAGCGGUGCCAUCUGCCACAAGCUGGCCACACGAGUGCUGGAGUGCCAGGGGUUGCCCAUUGUGAACGGGCAGUGUGACCCCUACGCCACCGUGUCCCUGCUGGGGCCCUCCAGGACUGAGGCCAAGAAGACCAAGGUGAAAAGGAAAACCAACAACCCCCAGUUUGAGGAAGUCUUCUAUUUUGAGGUGACAAGGCCCCUUAGCUACACCAGACGGCAGUUUGACGUAGAGGAGGAGGAUGUGGACAAGCUGGCACUCAGAGUGGACCUGUGGAAUGCCAGUAACCUGAAGUUUGGGGAUGAGUUCCUGGGAGAGGUGCGGAUUCCGCUGAAGGUGCUGGGACAGUCUGGCUUCCAUGACGCAUGGUACUUCCUGCAGCCCAGGGAUAAUGGCAGUAAGUCAGUGAAGCUGGAUGAGCUGGGAUCCCUGCGCCUCAACAUCGUUUACACCGAGGACCACGUCUUCCCCUCAGAGUACUACAGCCCUCUGAGAGACCUGCUCCUCCGCUCGGCCAGUGUGGAGCCCGUCUCCGCCUCCGCGGCGCACAUCCUCGGAGAGGUGUGCCGGGAGAAGCAGGAGGCCGCCAUACCGCUGGUCCGACUCUUCCUGCACUAUGGGAAAAUCGUGCCUUUUCUGGGCGCCAUUGCCAAUGCGGAGGUCAACAGGACACAAGACCCCAACACCAUUUUCCGGGGGAACUCCCUGACGUCCAAAUGCAUCGACGAGACCAUGAAGCUAGCCGGGAUGCAUUACCUGCAGGUCACCCUCAAACCCAUCAUUGACGAGAUCUGUGCAGACCACAAACCCUGUGAGAUUGACCCAGUGAAGUUAAAGGAGUCUGAGAAUCUGGAGACUAACAGGGAGAACCUUCGGCAUUAUGUGGACCGGAUCUUCACUGUCAUCACCAAGUCUGGCGUCAGCUGCCCCACUGUCAUGUGUGACAUCUUCUUCUCCCUGAGGGAGUCCGCUGCCACACGUUUCCAAGCAGUUGAUCAAGAUGUCAGGUACACCGCUGUCAGCAGUUUCAUCUUCCUGCGUUUCUUCGCGCCGGCAAUCCUGUCUCCUAAUCUUUUCCAACUGAGGCCACACCACCCAGAUCCGUGCACCUCUCGAACCUUGACUCUCAUCUCCAAGACCAUACAGACCCUGGGCAGUCUCGCCAAGUCCAAAUCUGCCAGUUUCAAAGAGGCCUACAUGGCAGCGUUUUAUGACUACUUCAACGAGCAGAAAUACGCGGAUGCUGUGAAAAAUUUCCUGGACCUGAUCUCGUCCUCCGGGCGGUGGGACCAAAAGAGCAUCGAGACGCCAAUCAUGCUGAAAGAAGGAUUCAUGAUCAAAAGGGCUCAGGGGAGAAAUCGUUUUGGUCGUAAGAACUUCAAGAAGAGGUGGUUUCGUCUGACUAAUCACGAGUUUACCUAUCAUAAAACCAAAGGUAACUCAAAAGGUGAGGCAGCUCUCUGCAGCAUCCCCAUUGAAAACAUCCUGGCAGUAGAGCGACUGGAGGAGGAGUCCUUCAAGAUGAAAAAUAUGUUCCAGGUAAUCCAACCAGAGAGAGUGCUCUACAUCCAGGCUAACAACUGUGUGGAGGCACGCGACUGGAUUGACAUCCUUACCAAAGUCAGCCAGUGCAACCGCAAACGCCUGAGCACUUACCACCCCUCGGCCUACCUCUACGGACACUGGCUGUGCUGCAAGCUCUCGGCCGACACUGCCCCCGGCUGUACACCCUGCACAGGCGGCCUGCCUGCAAACAUCCAAUUGGACGUGGACGGAGACCGUGAAACAGAGAGGAUCUACUCCCUUUUCAGCACCUAUAUGUCCAAGCUGGUGAAGAUGCAAGAGGCAUGUGGCAGCAAGUCAGUGUACGAUGGGCCUGAGCAGGAAGAGUACUCCAGCUUCGUCAUCGAUGACCCGCAGGAGACAUACAAGACGCUGAAACAGAUAAUCUCAUCGGUGCAUACGCUGGAGCAGGAGCACGCUCAGUACAAGCGUGACAAGUUUAAGAAGACCAAAUACGGCAGUCAGGAACAUCCCAUUGGAGACAAGGGCUUCCAGUGCUACAUCCCACAACAGUCAGAGAGCUCGACGUACUCCAUUUGACUACGCCUACUGUUGCCAAGGCACCCCCAGGGCCACCGUGCUGCCAGCGACAUCCCAUAAUGGUUUUUGAAGAAGGGAAUUUUAUGUAGCGGACUGACCGUUUGAACCCUUCAGCAAGAAACCGAAGAAGUGAAGGAUGACAGAGAAGGAAGAAAUUGUCAAACUAACUGGAGUUCUCUUGUAUGACAUAUGAAAGGACUGGUUUUCACCGGAUGUGACAGUGGCCCUGCACUUUAAUCAUCCUGAACUCCCGGAUGAUGUAAUUCUGCCUCGUGUCACAUUUUAAAUGUUGUUUCAAUUAUGAUUUUUUUUUAUCUGUUUUGAGGAUCAGUUAAAUGAUCUCCUAAAACUGUAUUUUACGGAAAUGUUUUUUUAAUGUUAAUAUUUCCACUGUAUUUCAAAGUCUCUGCGACUAAACUCCAGGUUCACAGAGACAAUGUUUCAUUCACCAGGUGUUACAGGAAGUGAGCCGUUCUUAAUUAAGCUUGUGUUUCACCCAGCGCUGAAUGCCUGCGUUUGAGUUCACAUGUCUGUGAGAUCCUGGCACUUUUUAUAGAUAAUUAGGUAAUUAGAUCCCUACUGCACUCCAACUGAUUGGUUUGUUUAUUUGUUUAAAAUACGGUUUAAAAGAAACCAGAUCCAGGGAUAUGGCUCACCUGUGUGUACAUUCGCCUCGUAAGCCUCUGGAACCAAACUCACAACACACACAGUUCCAUAGACAUUUCUUGUGUUCAUGAGGGUAAAGUCUGCACAAGACCUGUGCUGGCCUACUGUUCUUGGUUUAUGCUUUCUGUAUGGACUGAAAGGGAAUGAGACAAACUAUCCAGAUAGAAUACAGAUUUGCGGUGGAAUCCGCAAAGGUCUGGUGCAGAACUGAUCCUCAUGAACCCUGUGAUAUAUUUAAAUAGCUAAAUGCUCCUCUGCACCAGCGCCCUCGCACCUUCUGCAGGCAAACUGUUACAGUAUUUUUCUGUCCUUUCCUCUAAAAAAAAGUCUGUGUGACUAUUGUAACCCUUGUGAUCAUUCCUUGAACCAUUUCUGCUGUGAAACAUUCUGGUCAAUCCCGGUGACCUGACAAUGGUACAUAGUGUGUAGCUGAGUGCCACAUCACCCUGGGCACUGCGCUACAAAUGCACUUCUUUGUGUGAUAAAAUUGAUUUUUUUUAUUUUUUUUUUUAAAACCAGGCUGAAAUGGUCUGACCUUUCCGUAAAGCAAUCCCCUGUUCAAACCUGCCAUGAGACUGCUUAUGACAGAAAAGAGUGGCCAGCGUACAUUACUCUGUAUCUGAGAGACAGCCGGAGGACCGAGAGCCAGGAGACCACAGUGUCCACUCGGGGAAAGUGGCAAUUUUGAGUGCCCUCAUUGGCCAGCGCAUCGAUGCCCAGAAAUACUGGAGCACAUCAAGGCUUCCUCUUUAUCACUCAUCCUUGGACUUUUGUGUUUUACGCGGUAAAAUAUUUCAGAUGCUUUUUUUAUGCCACUGUUUGUGCUCUCAAAACAUUUCUGAGUUUCUGGGGGGUUCGUUCUCAGGAGAAUGAGCUUCCCUGUCGUCGUCCCGACUUCACGAAAUCCUCGUUGCUGUGAGAAACGUGAGAUGGAGAACACGCUGAGCGUGCACACGCAUGUGCAGCAGUGUGUCUACUGUAAGUGUCGCAGAUUGAGUUUGUGAUAGUGAGUGCAUGCGAGUGUAUCGAGUGAGUGGGCGCUGCACGUGGUAUCAGAUCAGUGUUUUAAUAGGGAAAGACAGUUGUAGCUUGCGAUGUGCUGGUGGGUUACGGAUGGGGCAGUUUUUUUUUUAAAUAUGAAAUGCAGCUGUGGAGGGUGGAGCUCAAGUUAACACCAUGCCCUCUGCAUGUCACAGUAGUGUUAAGAAGCUGCUACAACCUUACGGUAACAUUACAGUGUCUCAGUGCACUGUAGUUUCCCCUCUGUGCACAAUAUUUUCACUGCACUGUGGCAGUGUUCCUGUGAGGCUGUGAUGGCUAUUGUUUGUGUUAACCCAUGCAGACGGUCUGUUCUAUGUCGAGUUGCAAGAAUAUUUUCUCUAUGCUCAACCAGUUUUCCUUUUGAGGACCAUGUAAAAAGCAAUGAGUUUGAUCCAUUGACACCAUGUAGCCCGCCCUUGAUGCACACUGUGCAUCAUGCAAUAACAAUCGCCAACCAUCACUUUUAUAGUGCAGAAUUCCCUUUGCAAAUGUAUUCGGCCACUCAAUGCGACCCUGUAAUUGGAGCUCCCUGAGAAGCUCCUCAAAAGGAAAACAUAUUCAGAAGUGAUAAUCCUUGUAUUUUAUAUAAAUAUAUCAAACGUACAAAUUGUACUGAGAGGCUUGUGAUAAAUGUACAGAAGUAUUGAUGAAACUGUUGAUAAAAAAACUUUUUCCUGAGUUGCUAAAUGAAUGCGAUAUUAAUGCUA